UUAACUUGGUGGCUAUUGUGAUCCUGUGUCAGGGAAAGUGCGGUCUCUCCAUCUGUACCACCUUCUACCUUGUGGCCAUGGUAAUGGCAGAUCUACUGGUCAUUAUUACCGGAGUUGUACUGUGGCAGAUCAGUUCUUACUAUUUCCCAGAAUCUUUCUUGAACAUCACUCCUAUCUGCAGUGUUAUCAUUGUCCUGUUUUAUGCAGCAACAGAAUGUUCUGUCUGGUUCACUGUCACUUUCUCCUUUGAUCGCUUUGUGGCCAUAUGUUGCCAGAAUCUGAAAAGAAAAUAUUGCACCAAGAGACUUGCAAGUAUGAUUCUAGCAACAACCUGCAUUACGCUUUGUUUAAAAGACAUUCCAUUCUAUUUUACCUACGAACCUGGACAGAUAAUUGAUGAUAUUCCCUUAUACUGUGUUGUGAAGGCAAGCUAUCAUACUGACCCUGCAUGGUUGGGAUUUGACUGGUUUGAUAAAAUUCUAACUCCAUUGCUCCCGUAUGCUUUAAUUCUGUUACUGAAUGCUCUGACAGUCAGACACAUUUUGGUGACCAGUCAAGUUCGCAAAGGACUGAGAGGUCAGAACAAAGGAGAGAAUCACAGUGACCCAGAGAUGGAGAGCAGAAGAAAGUCUGUGAUUUUCCUCUUCACCAUAUCCAGCAGUUUCAUAUUGCUUUGGUUUCUAUAUGUUAUGGACUUUUUAUAUUACACCAUUACAGGAAUUAAACCCCCAUAUUACAAUGAUUCUUUAUAUAUAUUUGCAGAAGUUGCUGUUAUGGUAUUGAGUUUAAAUUGUUGCACAAAUGCAUUUAUUUAUGGGGUGACUCAAUCCAAGUUCAGAGAGCAGUUGCUGAUUGCAGUGAAAUGCCCAAUUAAGUCAAUUAUUCAACUGAUGAGGAAGCAAAAUGACUGA